GCGGUAAUGGCGGUGCUCGGAGGUGCAGCUGGUAGUGGCCAUUGGUUUUCAGCUUUGGCGCUCGGGGUGACCCUCCUCAAAUGCCUUCUCAUUCCCACCUAUCAUUCCACAGAUUUUGAAGUACACCGAAACUGGCUUGCUAUCACUUACAGUUUGCCAGUAUCACAAUGGUAUUAUGAGGCAACUUCAGAGUGGACCUUGGACUACCCCCCCUUUUUUGCAUGGUUUGAGUAUGUCCUGUCACAUGUUGCCAAAUAUUUUGAUGAAGAGAUGCUUAAUGUCAAGAAUCUGAACUACUCCAGCCCAAUGACCUUACUUUUCCAGAGGUUUUCUGUCAUCUUUACAGAUGCACUCUUUGUGUAUGCUGUCCACGAGUGCUGUAAAUGCAUUGAUGGGAAAAAAGCGGGGAAAGAACUUACAGAGAAGCCAAAGUUUAUUCUCUCAGUGAUACUGCUGUGGAACUUCGGGUUGUUAAUUGUGGACCAUAUCCAUUUCCAGUAUAAUGGGUUUUUAUUUGGAUUAAUGCUACUCUCCAUUGCACGGUUAUUUCAGAAGAGACAUGUGGAAGGAGCGUUUCUCUUUGCUGCCCUCCUACAUUUCAAGCACAUCUAUCUCUAUGUAGCACCUGCAUAUGGAAUCUAUCUGCUGCGAUCUUACUGUUUCACUGCAAGCAAACCAGAUGGUUCUGUCCGAUGGAACAGCUUCAGCUUUGUCCGGGUUCUUUCCCUGGGACUGACUGUUCUCCUGGUUUCUGCUCUUUCACUGGGUCCUUUCCUAGCCUUGAACCAGCUGCCUCAAGUCUUUUCCCGACUCUUUCCUUUCAAGAGGGGCCUCUGCCAUGCUUACUGGGCUCCAAACUUCUGGGCUUUGUACAAUGCUUUGGACAAACUGCUGUCUGUCAUUGGUUUGCAAUUGAAAAUUCUUGAUCCCAACAAUAUCCCCAAGGCCUCAAUGACGAGUGGUUUGGUUCAGCAGUUCCAACACACAGUCCUUCCCUCAGUGACACCCUUGGCAACACUCAUCUGCACCUUGAUUGCCAUUCUGCCCUCUGUUUUCUGUCUUUGGUUUAAACCCCAAGGGCCCAGAGGCUUUCUCCGAUGCCUAAUUCUUUGUGCUUUGAGCUCCUUCAUGUUUGGAUGGCAUGUCCAUGAAAAAGCCAUACUCCUUGCAGUGCUCCCAAUGAGCCUUUUGUCUGUGGAAAAAGCAGGAGAUGCUUCGAUUUUUUUGAUUCUGACCACAACAGGACAUUAUUCCCUCUUCCCUCUACUCUUCACUGCACCAGAACUUCCCAUUAAAAUCUUACUCAUGCUGCUGUUCACCAUUUACAGUAUUUCUUCACUAAAGACACUAUUCAGAAAAGAAAAACCUCUUUUUAAUUGGAUGGAAACUUUCUACCUCCUUGGCCUGGGGCCUCUGGAAGUCUGCUGUGAAUUUAUAUUCCCUCUUACCUCCUGGAGGCUGAAGUACCCCUUCAUCCCUUUGUUACUGACCUCAGUGUACUGUGCAGUGGGCAUCAUGUAUGCUUGGUUCAGACUGUAUGUUUCAGUGUUGACUGGCCCUCCUGUCAGCAAGACAAAAAAGCAGUGAAUAAAGGAGCUGCUUGGAUGUAGGCCAAGCAAUUAUUUCAUGGGAAAUUAAUCAGAAUUUGAAGAAAGUUGCCGGUGGCAUGAGCCAUUCAUUUCAAUAGAUCUGUUCAGAGGACCAUUCUUCCACACUUGGCCUUGCCCAGCCUAGCAACCUGAUCGUUACCAUGGUGAGAAGCCACUUACCAUCUGUAAGCAGUGAAAUGUGUCUGAAAAACCUCUCAUCUUCCCCUGUUAAAAUUGCCUGAGAUCAUUCAGACUGCUGUGCUUAGUGAAGGCAAAGAGGGAGUCUCAUUAACAGCAUAAUUAUUUGUAGCCUGUACUGACC